UUUUCUGAAAUCCUUUAACAAAACAAAUGGAAACUUAUUUUACGAUUAGCAGCUGUUUCGAUCAAUAUCGGUUAUGAAAUGGUGUUGAUUUUAUAUUUCACACAUGCUUCAUUGUUUCUGAUAUGUAUUGCUUCAUUGUCAAAUAACGCUGCCGAUAAACCAUUUGAUUCCCAAGCGAACGUUUGCAAAUCACAAGAAUGCGAGGUGCACGAAAACAGAGUUGACGGCAGUAUGUAUUCCAGUGAACGACAAGAAAACAAGGCGCUUGCUGUGGUCCCGUAUAACAAAGACAGCUUGAUGCCUCAUCAACACUCUAGCAGAGAGUUUACUUUUGCUAAGCAUAAAAUCCACGUACAACAAAAGUGGCAAGACAUCGGUGUAGCCGCUGUUGUGUGGGAUGCAGCAGUGGUCUUGUGUGAGUAUUUGGAAGAGAAUCCUGGACUGGUAGAUGGGAAAACUGUCCUUGAACUUGGAGCUGGGACCGGUCUGGCUGGAAUAGUCGCAGCUUUACUAGGUGGAGAUGUCAUCGUAACUGAAAGAAAAGAAGCUUUGGAAAACUUGAAAAAUAUUGUGACGGAAAAUGUUCCCAGUGAUACAUCAAUACGAGCGGAAGUUUUGGACUGGACUCAAGAGUUAUCUAACUUUAAAGAGCAUUACGACAUUAUAUUGGGUGCAGACAUCAUCUAUAUCGAAGAGACGUUUUCCCACUUGAAGCGCACACUUCUGCACGUGUGUAGUGAAAAGACCAUUCUUCUCUUGUCGUGUAAAAUCCGUUAUGACAGAGACAAAAUGUUCUUGGCCAUUUUAAAAGAGAAUUUCAAAGUCCAACGAAUAUUUCACGAUAGUGAAAGAGAUAUUGUUAUUUACAAGUGUUUACUGAAAUCAUAAUUCUUUGUUAUACA